UUAAAAGUUAUAAUUGUGUUCUGGGGCCGUGAAACAUUUCUAUGGUGGAAAUUGCUAUGCUAUGCUAAGCUAAGCUGGAAAGAAAAAAGGCCCUCUGAGUGAGUGAGAGUGUGUGGUUAAAGAGGAGAGGAAGAAGAGAAGAGGAGGCGGUGCGCACCUUAGCAUGGAUUCCUCUCCGUCAUCUUCUCUCUCCUCUCUCGCUUCGUCCCCACGGCACCAUCGUCCUCUCUCCAAUUGAGAAAGGCACCGAUUCCCAUUCUCAUUCUCACUCUGGCUGACAUAAAGGCAACCCUUGCCUCUCUCUCUUCCAUCGAUUUCAAUUUCUACGGCAACAGGAAAAGCAAGAAGAAGAAGGCCAGGCUCUGCUUUGGUUUCCGCCGCGUCAAAAUGCUGUGGCUGAUGAGAUUCUCGGGCUUCUUCUCCGCCGCAAUGCUCGUCAUUCUCCUCUCCCCCUCCCUCCAAUCCUUCCACCCCGCCGAAGCCAUCCGCUCCUCCCACCAUCUCGACGGCCUCCUCCGCCUCCCUCCGCCGCGCCUCUCCUUCCGCCCCGCCGCUCCAUUCCGCAAUGCCGCCGACGGUAAAUGCGCCUCCUCCGUUCCCACCUCCGUCUGCGACCCCUCCCUCGUCCACGUGGCCAUCACCCUCGACGUGGAGUACCUCCGCGGCUCCAUCGCCGCCGUCCACUCCAUCCUCCAACACUCCCAGUGCCCGGAGAACAUCUUCUUCCACUUCCUCGUCUCCGAAACCAACCUCGAAUCCCUCGUCAAAUCCACCUUCCCGCAAUUGAACUUCAAGGUCUAUUACUUCGAUCCAGAGAUCGUCCGCAACCUGAUCUCCACCUCCGUCAGACAAGCCCUCGAACAACCCCUCAACUACGCCAGAAAUUACCUCGCUGACCUCCUCGAACCCUGCGUCGAGAGGGUUAUAUACCUCGACUCCGAUCUGGUUCUCGUCGACGACAUUGCCAAGCUCUGGAGCACCAGUCUAGGUUCUAGAACCAUUGGCGCCCCCGAGUACUGCCACGCCAACUUCACCAAGUACUUCACCGCAGGGUUCUGGUCGGACAUGCGCUUCGCCAGCGCGUUCGCGGGGCGGAGGCCGUGCUAUUUCAACACGGGCGUGAUGGUCAUAGAUCUGGUGCGGUGGCGGAAAAUCGGGUACAGCAAGAGGAUAGAGAGGUGGAUGGAGAUUCAGAAGAACGAUCGGAUCUACGAGCUGGGUUCUUUGCCGCCGUUUCUGUUGGUGUUCGCGGGACGCGUGGCGCCAAUUGAGCACAGGUGGAACCAGCAUGGGUUGGGUGGCGAUAACGUGAAGGGGAGUUGCCGGGACCUGCACGCUGGGCCUGUGAGCCUGUUGCAUUGGUCCGGUAGUGGCAAGCCCUGGACAAGAUUGGACUCCAAGCACCCCUGUCCUCUUGAUGCACUUUGGGCUCCUUAUGAUUUGUACGGACACGCUCACUGAUUAGCCUUUGCCUUCUCCCUGCUCGCCGGUGUCUGCUUGAUGAGAGGGUGCGGGGACCGAUUUCUCUCACUCUCACACGUAGUCAGUUACUUGGACUCUUCUAUGUAGUUCGGCCCUCCAUGUGUUCGUUAUGUGCUUUUUUAAAUUUAAUUUAUUUCUUCAAAUAGGUAUUCGAGAACAGAAUAGAAGAAGCCAUUGUGAAUAGUACAUGUGAUCGGUUAGAAUGGAGGCUAUCCUUUAAUUGUUUCUUUUUUUUUUUUUUUGUCACAAAUUGUAUAUGAUUUAGAUUAGGUUGUGAAUAAUCUAUCCAAAUUAUGCAUAUGUGAGCAACGACGUUGGCUUUUAGCA